AUGACAACCACCACUUCCGGUCCGUCCCUCUUUACCUCCCACCUCAGCUGGGCCCGCGCGAAAUUUGUAUCCCUUUGCCUGCUCUCAGGGGAAGACUGCUGGAAGGGGAAGGACCUCCAAAAGCCGGGUACUCUCCAAGGAUGCAGGUCCCCAGCUCCCAGCCCCGAGGCCGCUGCCGUGCCCUUCCGCUGCGGCAACACCGCCAAGUCCGGGAAGUUGCUGUUUCGCUUCCCCAAAGGACCGGGCCGUGCGGCUGCUGUGGGACCGCUUCGUGCGGGGCCGCCGGCCAACUGGUACCGGGGCAGUGACAGCUCCGUCAUCUGCUCCGAGCACUUCGCUCCCGCCUGUUUUGAUGUCUCUUCGGUUAUCCAGAAGAAUCUACCCUUCUCCGAGCGUCUGAGACCCGUGGCGGGCGCCGCGUCCAUCUUGCACUCCGUGUCCUCCCUGCUGAAACCUACGGGGAAAAAAGAGGGAGACAGCGGGCGGCCAGGGAAGGGAGGAAAGCCCCAGGCAGUGAGGCAGCCCCAGGCUACCCCAGGGCCAGCCUCCUGUACACUCAUCUGGCCCACGAAGAGGGCUUUCGGCUUCACAGAUAAAGGGCCACCCAAAGAGUCCCCCGAGGGUCUUGCAAGAACCACAGUCUAUGGCUGGGCUCCUCCACUUAGUGUUAUCUUGGGAAAGUCACCUCACCACCAAGGUUUUUGUUAAUCGGUGAUCUCCAAGAGCCUAUUUAGCAUUAACAUUCUGGAAUUAUGGUUUCUUCUACCUCCUGUUCCCCGAAACACACACGCACACUCUUUCUUUUCCUUCACAUUAUAGAGAAGCCUUCACUCUCCACUCCUGAGUUUUUAAAUACGAAGGAUUUAAUUUGAGUAAAUCUCAAGAGAUUAGGUACUUUAAAC